GCACACAGGGACUUUAAGAGUAAGAACGUGCUGCUGAAGUCCAACCUCACCGCCUGCAUCGCUGACUUCGGCCUCGCUCUCAGGUUUGAGGCGGGAAAGUCUCCUGGAGACACACACGGACAGGUGGGGACCAGGAGGUACAUGGCCCCGGAGGUCCUGGAGGGGGCCAUCAACUUCCAGAGAGACGCCUUCCUGAGGAUAGACAUGUACGCUGUGGGGCUGGUGCUGUGGGAGCUCGCCUCCCGCUGCAAAGCUGCUGACGGUCCUCUGGACGAGUACAUGCUUCCGUUUGAGGAGGAGGUGGGUCAGCAUCCGUCUCUGGAGGACAUGCAGGAAGUCGUCGUGCACAAGAAGCUGAGACCAAUUCUCAGAGAGUGCUGGUUGAAACACACUGGUCUGGUGGCGCUCUGCGAGACCAUCGAGGAAUGCUGGGACCACGAGGCCGAGGCUCGGCUGUCGGCCGGCUGCGUGGAGGAGCGUGUCGUGCAAAUGCAGCGCCAGACGAGCGUCACGGCGCCCGAGGAGAUCGUGACGGUUGUCACCAUGGUAACCAAUGUAGACUACCCACCGAAAGAGUCGAGCCUAUGACCAGACGAUGGACCAAUCAGGACACAGCAGCAGGGACUCUCAGUGAGCGGCUUCUGUCGCUGAUCGCAGACUCAGGUGACCCACAGGUGAGCCUCAGACUGACGGGGACAAUGAGGCGGAGAGGCUCCUCCCUCUGACAUCAGUUCCUGUUUUCUACUACAAAAUAAAAGACUUCCUGGACAGACUUUUUCUACGAUAAUGUGACGUUUGAUUACAAUUUAAAAAGGGCGACUCAUGCUGUUCUUUGUUUCUCUGAAUGAUGUGAUGCCAAUAAGAAACAGCUUCUGAAUGUCUGUAUCAC